AAAAUAAAAAAAACAUUUUUAAAUAACGGAAAAAUUUUACGUAAAAUAAAGUUAUUUUUAAACCGCUUACGUUUAAAAAAUUUGCAAUAUAGCAAAAUAUUGCUUAUUAUAUUAGCAAUUACAAAUUUAUUUUUAAAAACGAAAAAAAACGUUACGCAAAUGCAUUAUUUAAAUACCCGGGCGCUAUUAACCUUGCGGGAAAUACCGUUAUUAAGCAAAAAAAUUACAAAUUGUUUAAAAAGUUCCGGAUUCGUUAAAAUUUGGUAA